UUCGCGGUGCAUCCAUCUUCAUCUCCUCCUCCUCCUCGUCCUCCUUCUCCUCCGCUCAGCACACACACCGUUCGAUCGGAUCAACUGAACGUUAACGGUCGUGUCCCGCUCGUGCACAUGGCGUCUAACGAUUACUCUCAAUCAUCUGGCCAGGGCUUUGGGUCCUAUGGUGGUGGAGGUGGAGGUGGCGGUGCUAACCAGGGCUAUGGUCAGUCGUCUGGUCAGAGCUACAGCCAGCAGGGCUACGGCGGCUACAACCAGAGCUCCGACAGCAGCCCCGGCUCCUACAGCCAGGGAGGGUAUGGAAGCUACGGCCAAUCCCAGUCAGGAUACGGUUCUCCUCCCUCUAACCAGGGUGGAGGUGGUGGAGGUGGAGGAGGUUAUAAUCAGUCCUAUAGCCCUGGAGGUUAUAACAACAGCAACCAGCCUUCCAACAUGAGCUACAAUCAGCAGUCUUCCUUCUCUGGGUACAGCCAGCAGCAGCCUCCGUCUUUAUCCUCCGCAGGCUAUGAAGGAAACUCUCAGGCUUCUGGAUACAACCAGCCGCCGAGCGGUGGACAGAGUGGAGGUGGUUACGGCAGCAGUGGAGGUCAGACUGGUGGCUAUGGGGGCAGCGGGGGGGGCCACCAGCAGCCAUCCCAACACGGAGGAGGUCACUACAACCAGCCUCCGAGCUACAGCUCACCCCCUCCACAGAGCUACAGCCAGCAGAGCCAGUACAGUCAAGGUGGAGGAUAUGGAGAUGAAAGCCCACCGCUGAGUGGAGGAGGUGGAGGGUACGGCGGUCCUGACGGAGGUUACGGAGGGCAGGACGGCCGCGGCGGCAGAGGACGGGGGGGAUUUGGAGGCCGCGGUGGUGGCGGAUAUGAUCGUGGUUUUGACCGAGGUGGCCGAGGUGGACCAAGAGGAAGAGGAGGAAUGGGAAUGGGCGAUCGUGGAGGAUUCAAUAAGUUUGGUGGACCAAGAGACCCGGGACAUGGACAUGGAGGACCCGGCUUCAUGCAGGACCAGGAUAACUCUGAUAACAACACCAUCUUCGUUCAGGGUCUGGGAGACGACUACACCGUGGAGUCAGUCGCAGACUUCUUUAAGCAGAUCGGGAUCAUUAAGAUCAACAAGAAGACAGGCCUGCCGAUGAUCAACCUGUACACGGACAGAGAGACGGGGAAGCUGAAGGGGGAGGCCACGGUGUCCUUCGAUGACCCCCCCUCAGCCAAGGCUGCUAUCGACUGGUUUGAUGGUAAGGACUUCAAUGGAAAUCCUAUCAAGGUGUCUUUUGCGACUCGCAGAGCCGACUUCGGAGGCCGAGGUGGGAUGAGGGGAGGCCGAGGACGAGGAGGGCCGAUGGGUCGCGGUGGAUUCGGAGGAGGUCGAGGAGGAGGUUUCCCAGGCAACGGAGGCAACGGAGGCAACGGAGGCAACGGAGGCAAUGGAGGAGGAGGUGGAGGAGGAGGAGGAGGAGGAGGAGGAGGAGGAGGAGGAGGACAGCAGAGAGCCGGAGACUGGAAGUGUUCAAACCCCAACUGUGGCAACCUGAACUUCUCGUGGCGUAACGAGUGUAACCAGUGCAAGGCCCCGAAGCCUGAGGACGCUGGAGGGAUGUCCCCCAUGGAAAGAGGAGGUUUCGGAGGAGGAGAGCGUAGAGGAGGGUUUGAGCGCGGUGGCUUCAGGGGCCGAGGCGGUGACCGCGGCGGCUUCAGAGGAGGAAGAGGAGGCGACCGCGGAGGAUACAGCCCCGGGAAGAUGGACUCAAGGGGUGACCACAGACAGGAGCGGCGGGGCCGUCCCUACUAACUCUAGAACUCUGAUCCUUUUUCCUUCAGCGUGUAGAGAAAUGUGACCGUCCCUGUUUUCUGUGUUUGAUCUCCAUCAUGUGACGCCUUCACGUGUUCUUCUGCUCUCUGAGGCCUCAUUUACAGUCAGAUCCCCUCCGUCCUUCACUGUUCAUAUGUUUUAUCAUCAGGAAGUUCAAAACUCUCCAACUUUAUUAUCUUUAUUAUCAUUAUUAUCUAUCUAUUACCUCUACAGGAGCGUUUCACUUUUACCAGAUUUAGAAUUAAAUUCAUCUCAUCAACCUUUUUAAGGGAAAACCUUACAUUGUGAGAUGGCCAACGUUUCAACGUUAUUAUUACAUUUCUCACAAACUGCUGCUUGUCUCCUUUAACUAUUUUAAUAAGUAAUGAAUAUAAACAUUUACAAAUGAAUCAUUAGAAUAAAUCAAGAAUUCUGCAGCUGUUAUUCUGGUUUGGUCUCUGUAAACGUCGGAGCUACUUUACAUUAACAGAGUAAUGGAUGAUUAUAAUCUUGGUUAUCAUUUCCACCUGGGCUUUUAAAAACCAGUGUGAUGGCUCCUGAUGUAAAUGUUCAGCUUAAAGAUGUCAGCGAAUAGCUAAAGCUGUGGAAAUAAGAUCCAAGUUAUUUAAAGAAAAAUCUCCUACAACAGGAAACUAAGCCAGAAAAUCUAUCUGCUCUUUACAGUCAGAGAUUCCUGUCUAACUUUCACUCAUUUAUUAAGCACUCAUCAGACCUGUCAUUUAUUACCAGUUUCAUUUUAGACUUCAGAUGAUGAUCCAGUAAAUGAGGCCUCGUGUCUCUGCAGAUGUUUGAAGAUGUUUGUGUUGAGACAGAAGUCUCACAUCUUAUUAUUUAUGUGUAAUGUUUUUUUGUAUUGUGCAUGUGCUGGUUUUCAAAUGAAAGUGUUGA